AAGAAGAACAAGGAAAAGGAUAAUAAUAAUAAAAAAAAAGAGCCAGAAUGGGCAUUUUGUUCACCAGAAUGUUCUCUUCUCUGUUCGGUAAUAGAGAAGCUCGAAUCCUUGUGCUUGGGCUCGACAAUGCCGGAAAAACCACCAUUCUCUAUCGGCUUCAAAUGGGAGAGGUAGUCUCCACGAUCCCAACAAUUGGGUUCAAUGUGGAAACUGUACAGUAUAACAAUAUUAAGUUCCAGGUCUGGGAUUUGGGUGGGCAGACAAGCAUCAGGCCAUACUGGAGAUGUUAUUUCCCAAAUACUCAAGCUGUAAUCUAUGUAGUUGAUUCAAGUGAUACUGAUAGAAUUGGAAUAGCCAAAGAAGAAUUUCAUGCAAUUUUGGAGGAAGAAGAAUUGAAAGGUGCAGUUAUCCUCAUUUUUGCAAACAAGCAGGACCUCCCUGGUGCUCUUGAUGAUGCUGCUGUGACUGAGGCCCUGGAGUUGCACAAGAUAAAAAAUCGUCAGUGGGCCAUCUUUAAGACAUGUGCUGUUAAGGGUGAAGGCCUCUUUGAGGGCUUGGACUGGUUGACUAAUACUCUCAAGUCCGGGGGUGGCUAACUUUGUCAGAUGAAGUCUUAACAUUAGCUCUGUCAAUGCAUGCUACACAGGAGUUAUCUUAAUUGUUAUUGCCAUUGAUUUAUGCUUGGCUUGCAUUCAUUCCAUGUCAUGCUCUUUCUUCUUAUUGUCCUUUUCAUUUAUGGAGGUUUUAGGGGGGUGUUUAGUACGAGGUUAACGAGGAGUAGAUAUUAUCCUUGUAAUUUUUAAUCCUUAUUAAUGUUGUUUAGAUACUUAAAAAGAGAAUACGUUAACUUUUCUUCUCAUUAAUAUUUAUACCUUGUUGGAA